UUCCAUACUCUCCGAGAUUUCCUCAAAGCUCUUCUCAUAAGCGAUUUGUUUCCAUUAACGGCUCUCCCCACUUCCAAAUUCAAACGUAGCUCCGAUUCUCUUUGUUGCGAGUCCUAAAAACCACUCCAUGGCAACGAGAUCCCCUUCCCCAAAUCCAUCUAGACACUCGAAUCCACACAAUUCCAAAACCCCAGAAGCGAUUAAUCCAACAAGAAAGAGCGUCAUCUUCAAUUCAUCUAAAACUCCCAAUCCAUGCGAUUCCCCUCUGAGGAGUUCUUGUUCGAAAAUUGUUGCAGCAGCGGCGCCAUCUCUGCGCUCCUCGUUUGAGCAUAAAGAGAACGAGAGGGAUUCGAACUCAUCGAAGCCGGCGAAGAUGAGAUCGCCCACGGCCGCGUCUUUGAAGGGGCCGAAGAACUUCAUGGCCCCGACGAUCUCGGCUUCGUCCAAGGCCAUCGCCGCUUCCCCGAGAAAGAAAAUCCUCGGAGAGCGGAAUGAGCUCGUCAGGUCUUCUUCUUUCACCUCUGUUUCUGACUCGUUCCAAUCUCCUUCGAUGGAGAAGAUUGUGCCCCAAUCUGAUUUACCUCUAAGGGUAUCCAAUAUUUCUUCCGAAGGGGUUGCGAUCGAAGAGAUUGGAUCGAAACCUGAGGUGGGUUUUCAUUCCCAAGAUGCAUUGAGUGGAAUCGAGCCGAAAAAAAUGGAUCUUGAAGUAAAAAAUCACCACCACACUGUUCUUGUCCCAUCCUUUUCUUCUUCUUCUUCUUCUCCUUCUUCAGUUAUUGCCCCUUUGGACGCUGAUCCUUCUCUUCCUCCUUAUGACCCUAAGACCAAUUACCUCUCCCCGAGGCCCCAGUUCCUACAUUACAAGCCGAAUCCCCGUAUUGAGAACUAUCUCAAUGGAGGAGGUGAUAUAUUUGAGAUGGUAGAGGGGAAAAGGCUCGAGGAUAGCUUCUCCUCGGAAAGCUGUGAGGAAAGCAGUGAACAUGCUGAGGAAGAUGAAUCUUCUUCUCGAGAGAAAAAUUCUGUGGAAGAGUUUUUCUCUGAAGCAGAAGCUGAAGAAUGUAUUAAUGGAGCCGACGCUUCCAAACCAGAAUGUUUACCCAAUUCGCAUAGGAACCGUGUUAACUCUCGGCUUUCUUUACAUCUCAGAUGUGCUCCUCUUGUUCUGGUUCUGCUCAUAGCGUGCCUUUGUGUUCCGUUGUCAGAUUCUCCUAUAAUCUCCUCUUCUUCCAUAUUGAAAGCUCCAACUUUUGCGAAAUUUCGAGAGCUGUAUGGUGUAGACAACAUUGUGGUUUCUGGGCUGUAUCUCAGAGAUUUGGCUACUAGGGUGGGGGAUUGGUCAACCCAAUCUUUCGCGUACUAUUAUACUAGUACGGGUACUUAUCAUAAAGAAGAAGGAAGUUCGUUUUGUGCGGCGAAUUUGACAGCUUCAGCUGCAGAUCCGGCUGUUGAUGUAGAUCAGAAGUAUAUUGAAAAAAACGCAAUCCAAGAAGAAACAAGGAGGGAAAAUUGUGAAGCGAAUCAAGUUGCUGAGGAGAACAUUGAGAAAGAGCCUGUUAUAGAGUACGAAGAGGAGAAAAGAGGUGAAGUUGAGGUUCGGGAAGGUCAGGAGAUAGUUCAUGCGGAGAAUGAGGCAGUGAGAGUAGAGAUAGAUGCAGUAGUAGUGGAAGAGGUGAAGGAAGAUAAUAUGAUGGAACUUGAGGUCGAGACGGAAGUCCACGAAGAUCUGAGUGAAGAUGGAAUGAAAGAAGUGGCAGAAGUUGGGGGUUUCGGCCGAAAUGAAGCGGAGGUGGAGAUAAAGAGUGAAAGCAUUGAAUCUGAGCCUCAAGAAGUGGAGAUCCAAAAAGAUGGAGCUGAAUGUAAUUUGCCUCUCGCCGGCACUGUUCUUAAUGAUUAUGAUGGUUUCGAUGUGAAUGGCAAUGGUAACACCGAGGAGCAUCAAACCUCUCAUGGCCUGAAGUUGGAAGAAAUAAUGCAGAAUGGUUCGGAGCAUAAGAUUUCGAUGAAGAUGACCGCAGGAUUAGCUUUUCUUAUUGUAUCUCUUGCCACCGCCUCGAUCUUUUUGCAUAUGAAGCGAAAACAAUCUCUCGCUGUUGCAACUGAGAGCCCAAGUCCGAAGGAGGUCACUGCUAAAUCGGUUUCAGGUAGUAGUGAGAGCUAUCUACGCCCCAAGGGAUCUCCUUAUCAAAACUCGCUCAUUUAUAUGGAGAUGAUGGGUGAUUCAGGUCCUUCGGAGUUGAGCACUAGCUUGAACAACAGCGCCUCGUCGUACGGGCGCCAGAGAUCAAGGAAAGUCGAGGGGGAAGAGGCUUUGAGCAAUGAAAAAAGGCUGAGGAGGGAUUCCGCGGUUUCCUCUUCCUCUUCUUUUGGGAGUUUCACCACUUACGAGAAAAUCUCUUGUAAGAAAGGGAAUAGAGAUGAGGAGGCGAUGACCCCGGUACGGCGAUCGAGCAGGAUAAGGAAUUUAGUUGCUUCACCGUAAACAUUAGAUCGAAUGUUGCUAGUCUAACUGCUUAAGGAUAUCUGGCUCUGCUAGGUUCUGAACUAAUUUCUUAGCUUUAGUGCUUGUAUUAGCUUUUACAUGAUGUCUGUUUUCGUGAAGAUUUAUGGUGAAUGAAUGAACAGCUUUGUGCUGUUCUUUUCUUAAUUAGUGUUAUAUUUCUCUCUUCCUCUCUCUCAAUACCUUCUUGACAUAGUUUUGCCAAGCAUUUACUUGACAUAGUAUGAAAGAUGGUUUAGAUUUUAAUCUCCAG